GGGCAGCCAGCCCCACGGAGGCAGGAUGUUCACGUCCAAGUCCAACUCGGUGUCGCCCUCGCCGUCCAUGGAACAGGCCGACUCGGACGCACUGGACAUCAGCACCAAAGUGCAGCUCUAUGGGGUGCUGUGGAAGCGGCCCUUCGGGAGGCCAUCCGCCAAGUGGUCCCGGCGGUUUUUCAUCAUCAAAGAAAGCUUUCUGCUGUACUACUCAGAGAGUGAGAAAAAGAGCUUUGAAACCAAUAAGUACUUCAACAUCCACCCUAAGGGUGUCAUCCCUCUGGGGGGCUGCCUGGUGGAGGCCAAGGAGGAGCCCAGCAUGCCCUACGCCAUGAAGAUCUCCCAUCAGGAUUUCCACGGGAACAUCGUGCUAGCCGCUGAGUCCGAGUUCGAGCAGACCCAGUGGCUGGAGAUGCUGACCUGGAAGAACGCCCAGCUGGGAGAAGCCAUGAUCAAAAGCCUGGAAGCCCAGGGCCUGCAGUUGGCCAAGGAAAAGCAGGAGUACUUAGAGGGUAGCCUUUCUGAACCAUGGAGCCCUUGGCCGCCCGUGACUCUCCUCUGCCUCUCUGAUUCUCUUCAGGAGCUUGAACGCCUUAACCAGGUGCUGGAGGCCGAGAAACAGCAGUUUGAGGAGGUGGUGCAGGAGCUACGGAUGGAGCAGGAGCAGAUCAAGAGAGAGCUGGAACUCACAGCAAGAUGCCUCAAGGGGGUAGAGCAGGAGAAAAAGGAACUGAGGCACUUCACGGAGUCCUUGCAGCAGACACUGGAGGAACUCUCCCUAGAGAAGAAGAAGACCCUGCAAAUGCUGGAGGAGAAUGAGACCCAGCUGCAGACUCUGGCCACCCAGAGCGAGCAGUCCUCCCCCUGCGGGGGUCUGCACAGUAACCUGAGGCAGAUCGAGGAGAAGAUGCAGCAACUGUUAGAGGAGAAGCUCCUGGCAGAGACAAGGAUGAAGGAGAACGAGGAGCGCUCACGGGCCCUGGAGGAGGAGCGGGAGUUCUACUCCAGCCAGUCCCAGGCCCUGCAGAACUCGCUGCAGGAGCUGACCGCAGAGAAGCAGCAGGCGGAACGGGAUCUCAAGGCGGAGGUGAAGGUCCGCGUGGACUUGGAGAGGAGGCUGCGGGAGGCCGAGGGGGCCCUGCGGAGCCUGGAGCAAGGGCUCAACUCCAAGGUUCGGAACAAGGAGAAGGAGGAGAGGAUGCGGGCGGACGUGAGCCAUCUGAAAAGGUUCUUCGAGGAGUGUAUCCGCAACGCCGAGCUGGAGGCCAAGAUGCCGGUGAUCAUGAAGAACUCCGUGUACAUCCACAAAGCGGCCACGCGCCGCAUUAAGAGCUGCCGCUUCCACCGGCGCCGCUCCAGCGCCUCCUGGAACGACAUAAAGCCAUCCCAGACCUUCAUGGCCUCCCAGCUGGAAGCCAACAACAUGGAAGAGCUCAAGGAGGUGGCCAAGCGGCUCAGCCGAGACCAGCGCUUCCGGGAGUCCAUCUACCACAUCAUGGCCACGCAGCCCGGAGCCCCCUCCGUGCUCCCUCGUGUUGCAAAGUGAUGGAGGGCCCCUCUUUGGCUUCCCCAGUGGCUCCG